CGCUCCCGCUCGGGAGGAAGCUGCUUCACAGUGUGAUGCAAACAUCACCCAGUUACUGCAGGUACCAGAACGAUUCCAUGCAGCUGUCGCAGACCAAAAGAGCCAAGAUGCCACACGGAAGGCCAGAUUCGAUGGGCAGUUUUGAGGAUGACUGCGAGAGGGAUUAUGAGAACAUCGAUCCCAAUCAGCCACCACCCCAGCCUCAGAUGCAGCCCCAGUGGCAAGCAAAGGCAGAGCCAGCUAUCUCCAUCCCGAAGGCAGCAGAGCAGAGAGGCUGUGGGAGAAAGUCCUUGGGCAUCCUCUAUGCCCUGGUGGGGGUGUCUCUGCUGGUGUCGACAGCUGCCUUCUUGCUAAUGCUCCUGAAAUGGAUCCCGUGCUGCCCGCAUGGCUGGGAGGAGUUCCAGAAGAAAUGCUACUUUUUCUCCCUUGAAAAGGAGCCCUGGGAAAUGGCCAGGAACUCGUGCAACAACCACAGUGCAGAGCUAGCUGUCAUCAGCAACCCGUGGGAGCAGGCCUUCCUGACAGUGGGGAUCAAUUCUGUUCAGCACUGGAUCGGCCUGAGCCACAAAGGUGCAGAAGGAAGCUGGAUGUGGGUGGAUGGCUCACCGGUAUCAUACAUAUCUUCAGGGAUCCCCAGUGUUAACACUCAGAAACGCUGCAUCCAUCUCACAGGGGAUGACAGAGGCAACUGGAGCAACGCAGAUUGUGGGAAUCGCUAUAACUUCAUUUGUGAAAGAGCUUGGCCCUUUUGUGUGUAAUUUUCACCUUUGAAAACA